AACCACAACAAAACACAUGCUACUUUUGAAGAGUGUUCCAGUGGCUCAGCAUGCCAAAAAACACCAAACCAAAGACUGAGGCUAUGUGUGGAAACUGUUUCAGUGUUUUGUUCUGUUUGUUUUGGGGAGUUUCAUCAGGUUUCUGUUCCUUAUCUGUGAGUCUUGAUGGUAAAUGGAGUCUUUCAAACUCCAAUGGUUCAGUGUUUCUGCCCGCUGAGGUUCCCGGAUGUGUUCAUUCAGCUCUGCAGCAACAGGGACACAUCCAGGACCCAUACUUCAGGUUUAACGAUGUGUCUUACCGGUGGGUUGCCUUUGACAACUGGACAUACACGACCACAUUCUCUGGCUCAACCAAGCUGAGAGCCAAUCAGAAGGUGCUGCUCGUCUUUGAAGGCGUUGACACUGUAGCAUCCAUUUGGCUCAAUGGAGUCGUUGUCGGGACGACGGACAACAUGUUCCGUAGAUAUGAUUUCCCAGUCAGAGACUUGCUGAAGGACGGAGAUAAUGUGCUGAAAGUGAGCUUGUUGUCUCCAGUUCUUUAUGCGUCUGAGCGGAGAGCUCAUUCUGCCUACAGAGUUCCUCCUGAAUGUCCUCCAGAUGUCCAGAAGGGGGAAUGUCAUGUCAAUUUCAUCAGAAAAGAACAAAGCUCUUUCAGUUGGGACUGGGGUCCUUCGUUCCCCACGAUGGGGCUGUGGAAGGGAGUUCGACUGGAGGCGUUUGAUGUCCUGCAGCUCAUCCAGGUUUCCUCUGUUCCUCUUCACAAUCUCAGCCUCCCUCAGUGGAGAGUCCAGGUCGAGCUUCUCGUCGAUGCGGUUCAGACAACUAAAGGCCAAAUCGUUCUCUCCCUACCGGAGCUGGACUCAGAGCAGAUCUUCCAGACACAGUUCCUCCCAGGAAAGACCAAGAACAGCUUCACCUUAAACAUCAACGCGAGCAGCCAGGUGAAGCUGUGGUGGCCCAACGGACAUGGAGACCAACCCUUCUAUCGUCUCACUGUCAGAGGCUUUCAGGGUCGGCUUCUGAUCCUGAAUACAGAGUCUAAGGUGUAUUUUCGCUCCGUAGAACUUGUCCAGGAGCCAGUUGUCGGCUCUCCAGGCUUGAGCUUUUAUUUCCGCAUCAAUGGGAAACCAAUUUUCCUGAAAGGCUCCAACUGGAUCCCAGCCCACUCCUUCCAGGACCAAGUGACUCCUGCUGUCUUAAGGAACUUGUUGCAGUCGGCGGUGGAUGCGAGCAUGAACGCCCUCAGGGUCUGGGGAGGAGGAGUCUAUGAACAGGAUCUGUUCUACAGCAUCUGUGAUGAGAUGGGAAUCAUGGUUUGGCAGGACUUCAUGUUUGCCUGUGCGAUGUAUCCCACUGAGGCAGACUUCAUACAGACGGUCAGAGAAGAAGUCAUCCAGCAGGUUCAGCGUCUCAAGUCUCAUCCCUCCAUUAUCACUUGGAGUGGGAACAAUGAAAACGAAGCUGCUCUGGCGACAGACUGGUUCGACAUCCCGGUUUCUCAGAGGCCUACGUACCUGAAAGACUAUGUGACGCUGUAUGUGAACAACAUAAGGGCGGUCGUUCAAGAGGAGGACCAGAGUCGCCCGUUCCUCGUCUCCAGUCCGACAAACGGGGCUGAAUCGGAGCGCGAGGGCUGGGUGUCAUCUGACCCCUACGACCUUCACUACGGAGACACUCACUUCUACAGCUACACUCUGGACUGCUGGGACUGGAGGACUUUCCCCCGAACACGCUUCGCCUCCGAGUACGGAUUCCAGUCCUGGCCGUCCUUCUCCACUCUUCUGCCGGUUUCCACAACAGAAGACUGGAGCUACAACAGUAAUUUCUCUUCCCACCGUCAACACCACCAGGAUGGAAACCAGCAGAUGUUACAGCAGGCUGCUUUACACUUCAACCUGCCGAACUCCACGGAUCCCCUGAAAAGAUUUACAGAUACUCUCUACAUCACUCAGGUCAUGCAGGCUCAGUGUGUGAAGGCACAGACGGAGUUCUAUAGGCGAAGUCAGAGUGAGAUCAUUGAGGGCAAAGGUCGCACUAUGGGCGCUCUCUACUGGCAGCUGAACGACGUUUGGCAGGCGCCUUCCUGGUCGUCCAUCGAGUUUGGUGGAAAGUGGAAAAUGCUGCAUUACUUCGCUCAGAACUUCUUCGCCGCCGUCCUGCCGGUCGGCUUCGAGGACGGCGACACACUGUUCAUCUACGCCGUCUCAGACCUGAGUCACGACCUGAAGCUCAGGGCUGUGGUGUCCGUGUACUCCUGGUCUGAUCUGGAUCCGGUGUGCACGCUGAAGUCAGACCUGCUCCUGGUCCCCGGAGGCAGUGCUGUGGCCAUCUUUAAACAGCCAGUCACCGCCCUGCUGGCAGGUUGUGGAAGCUGCACCCGCCUCACCUGCCUGCUCACCUUCCACCUGGAGGACAGCGGCGGCCAGCGGGGUCCCACCAACCACCACUUCCUGUGCUCACCCAAAGACGCUCAGGGACUCCAGAGACCCAACAUCACAGCCAAGGUGCAGGAGGAUAAGGCCGGCUACAGCGUCACCCUCCACUCUGCCUCUGUGGCGCUGUUCGUCUGGCUCGAUGUGGGAAACGUCCCCGGACGCUUCAGCUCCAACGGCUUCCUGAUGGUUUCUAGAAACAGGGCGGUCAGUUUUAACGCCUGGCGUGACACCAGCGUGGCAGAACUCUCCACAGCGCUCACCAUCACGUCUUUAAGGGACGUUUACUGACCUGGGACCAGCCAGCCUCUGAGUGGAGGUGACUGUCUGUCCUUUUUAAGAGAUACUGUGACUGAGUUUUGACCCUUUUGAGUGUCAGAAAGACUUUUUUUGGACUAAAGCUGACAUUUGGCGCCAAUUUUCUAAAUGUUUAAACUUGUUUUCGAGCCAAAAACAAAACUUUUUUUCCUCAUAAGAUCAGAAAAGCCUCAGAAAACAAUAAUUUCCGAACAAAGGAAACUAUUGAAGCUGGUUUUAACAACUCUAGACAACAGGGUGACCCACUGUACUCAGUGAUUAGCAGGGAAACGUUGGCACACAACAGACUUUUAAAUGAACCAUUCAUUCACACAAAAAAACAUCACAAAAAGGAAUAAAAAGGUUUUUGAUAAAGGUGAACAAGCCAAAAUAAAUCUCCAACUUCUUGGAUUAUUCAGCUGCUUCAGAUCAAUAAAUCAUUAAUUUAGUUAAACAAAAUGGCAAAAUGUUUCAUUUCCUGCACUGAUCAGAAGUUUUCUCUUGGCAAGAGACAACAAAUAAUCUGAACUGGGUUUGAUCUCACAGAUGAUUGUGUGCUUUGCACUGAAAACUUUUUUACUUUUGCAUGUUUUGCUUUUUUUGCACAUUUCUCAGAUAAUUAAUUAAUUAAGAGAAAACUCUUAAUGCUUGACGUCAUUGAUAUGUUGUAUUAUUUGCAGUACCAUACAAAAUGUGUUUUGCACUGAAUGUAGUUACAUUUGCAGAGCUUUUGUUUCUCUUGAGCAGAUAAUCUGACCCGGGCGCUUCAUUGCAGCCCACUGCUCCUCCGGGAUGGGUCAAAUGCAGAGAAAUA